GAAAUCUUUGAUUUUAUUAACGUCGACCAUCGACCAGAUAGACGACGUUCAGACCAGAGGAAAAAUGUACUGUUCAUUUAUUCGAUAAUAGAUGGCUUUUGAUUCUAUCUAAUCAGCAGAUUGGCACUAUUGGCAACAUUGAACAUGAACACGAUCACACAUGACGUGACGGCAUGACGGCAUACAAAUACAUAUUAGAGCGCAUAUCUGUGUGAUUUUUACACAUAAUAUCAUACAAUUUUACAUUUAUUUCGUUUGUAUUGCUAGAUACUCGCAAAAAAUUACUACCAAAUUGGUAAACUCUCCAAUCAUAUGUACCAAAUAGGAAUAGAUGCAACUAAACUCUGUAAGGAUGAAUUUAAUGUCAUUAAUCAUGGUGAUUUUCAUGUGAACAAUAUGUUAUUCAGAUAUGACAAUGAUGGCAAACCUAUUGAUCAUAUUUUUGUAGACUUCCAACUGUGCGUUUACACAAUACCGGUACAUGAUUUGAUAUAUUUUCUCAAUACAAGUCCUUCUUUGGAUAUCAUGGAAAACAAAAAAAUUAUUCCAUUGAACGAAUACCUUGACACCUUAUCAGUGACUAUGAAACAAUUGAAUUGCAAAACACAGACGCCCACCAUGGAAGAACUAAAGGUUACCACAAAGCGAAAAGCUAGCUAUGAAAUGAUAGUAUUCUUCGUCAUUUUACCGCUUUUGCUAUGCUCUAAGGCUAAGGCGAAAGAUUUGGAUGAGUUAAGCUCUGAUGGAAAUCCAGGUGUCAAAAGCGAGAAUUUUAUAAAGUUAAUGAUAAAAAGACUGCCACUGUAUGACGAAUGGGGUUUAUUGGAUCUCUAA